AUGUUCGGUCACCUCAAGACUAUGGCUAUCUUCAUUGACGGCACGUACUCCGACAACGGUACCCUGGCCAUCGACAGCCGAAUCCCGCGCGGUGGAUUCGCUUUCAUCUUUAAGCUCGGCAACGCCGCAGUGGUAUCGGGCACGCUAGAGCAGAGGGGCCAGGAGGGUACCGAGCACCCGCAUACCAGUAACCGCACGGAGCUGCGAGCCGUCAUCACAGCGCUAAGAUUUCGCUUCUGGUAUGGCGAGGACUGGGAGCGCGUCGUGCUCAUCACCGACUCGGAGUACGUGGGCACCCACGCAACGGCACGGCUACGCAAGUGGGCCGAGCGCGGCUGGAGGACAAGGAGCGGCCAGCCGGUCAAGAACCAGGAUCUCUAA